AUGGCAUCAAUAACAAAAGACAAUGAAUUACGUUCAUUUGAUGUACCUGAAAUAGCACGUCAUCCUGGUGGUUAUACUAUCUAUAAAAUUGUUUUACAAAUUACACCAAAAGAAAUUACUGAGAAUAGUUAUCAAUUGGUCUAUUGGAAACGUUAUUCUGAUAUUCGAAAAUUAUAUGAUAUUCUUCAUCAUUAUCAUCAAGCUAUUUAUCGUCCAGAGAAAUUUCCAAAUUUUCCGAACAAAUCAUCAUAUAUGGGUAUUUAUAUAUAUAUGUUAACGUACAAACUAAGUUUAUAUUUAAUUUCUAAUGAAACAAUAGCAUUUCAAUUCAUACAAUCAUCAUGA